AUGUCGGAACGGUUAGAGAAAGAAGUAUCCACCCAGGAUGGCGGCGAGGCUUCUGUACCUAUCACUCCAAAGCCAGAACACUCGGCGUCUACCGAGGAGUCGUCGCUGGAACAACCUCAGAAUGAGACUCCGAAAGCGCCCCCAUACAACCCUAUGAUGGAUCCUGCCGCCUUCCCUGACGGCGGACUUCGAGCUUGGAUGACUGUGGCCGGAUCUGCUGCUUUGUUUUUCGUUUCGUGGGGAUGGAUAAACACGCUGGGAAUCUUUCAAGACUACUACAUGACCAACGAGCUUAGCUCCUAUUCACCCUCCUCCGUCGCUUGGAUCCCCGCAUGCGAGACAUUCUUCAUGCUCGCCGUGGGACCAGUUGCAGGCUACAUCUUCGACAACUACGGGCCGCGACACCUCCUCUUCAUCGGCACUUUCAUGCACGUCUUCGGUCUGAUGAUGGCGUCCAUCUCCAAGGAAUACUAUCAGUUUCUUCUCAGUCAAGGCAUCUGUUCCUCCAUCGGCGCCUGCUUCCUGUUCAACCCGGCCAUGAACUGCGUCACGACCUGGUUUUACAAGAAGCGCGGCAUGGCGAUUGGUGUGGCCGCUUCCGGCAGCGCUCUGGGUGGUGUGCUGUUCCCGAUCAUCGUGAGCCGCAUGAUCGACGAGACCGGCUUCCCCUGGGCAAUGCGGACGUGCGCCUUCUUGAUCUUGGGUCUGUGCAUCUUCGCCAUGCUCACCCUCCGCUCUCGGCUCCCGCCCAACAAACGCCCCUUCAACAUCUGGGCCUUCAUACAUCCGCUCAAAGAGACUCCUAUGCUUCUGACAACGAUAGCCGUAUUUAUCUUCUACUGGGGCAUGUUCCCUGUCUUCUCUUUCCUUCCAUCCAUCGCGAAUCAACGCGGCAUGUCUCUGUCCCUGGCGCAGUAUCUGGUCUCGAUCAUGAAUGCAGGCUCGAUGUUCGGGCGAACUCUGCCCGGCAUCCUAGGCGACAAAAUCGGCCGGUUCAACGUCAUGUUCAUGUUCUGCACGCUCACCACCAUCUUGGUCCUCGCCCUUUGGAUUCCGGCCACGAGCAAUGCCGGCCAAAUCGUCUUCGCGCCCCUGUUUGGCUUCAGUUCGGGUGCGGCCAUUGGAUUGACCCCGGCUCUGAUUGCCGAAAUCUCUCCGCUGCGAGAAAUCGGCAUCCGGACAGGCACAGUCUUCGCCGCCGGUUCCAUUGGUGCUUUGACUGGCAGCCCGAUCGGCGGAGCUUUGAUAACGCGAGACCACGGCGGUGCUUUGUACAUGCAGCUCUUCAGCGGCUGUACGUGUGCCGUGGGAUGUGUGUUGUUUCUGAUCACUAGAGUUUAUAUCGGGGGAACCAACCCGAUGAAAAAGGUCUGA